CUGGCGGUUAACGGCCGUCGCGCCGCGGGAUAAUUCGAAACGGGGAGGGAGCGAGCGAGCGCCGAGCGGCUCGGGCCGAUCUUCACAAAUUAAGCACCUUAGGAAAAACAAAUCAUGACAAGACGUGAAGCAUUUCUACAAGUUGUAUCUACAGAUACUGUUGAAGAGUUUGUGCAUUAUAUGCAGCUUCAUAAGGAUCCAUUUGAUCCAUUUGAUCUGAAUGAAUUGCUUCAGGAAUUACCAAGAAAACAGAAGGAAGCAUUAUGGGGGAGGCUGACGCAUCUAUUAACACACAUUUUGGUAAAGAACCCAGUGGAAGGAUGGCAGAGGAUUGAAGAUGAAAGUGAUGAUGAUAUGGAAAUAGAGGAAAGUCCAAAAAUGAAACAAAUGAUAGCUGUGAUCCAAGGGGUGACAACUGUAGUUACUGCUUCGAUACCUGUAGUAGAUGAAAAUAUAAACUACAAAGCUCUUCUAGAAUGUGCUCUAAUAUUAAAUGGUAUUCUUUAUGCAUUAUCUGAAUCUGAAAAAGUCCUACAGGGUGCCAUCCAGCAAUUAUGUGCUAUGUGGUGGGAGAAAGGACUGGAAGGAAAAGAACAGCUGGGGAAAACAGCUUUUAUUCUGCUGCUAAGAAAAAGUCUGAAGAGCAAAACUGUUACGGGUGCAGAUAUAGUUCGUCUAUGGCAUCUACACCAGACAUUACUGUGUUUUGAUUAUGACCUCGAGGAGACUAAUGAAGUAAAAGAUUUGUUGCUUCAGUGCUUUAUGAGUGUUAACCAUAUAAAAAAAGAAGAGGGAAGAAGAUUCCUUAGCUUUCUGUUGAGCUGGAAUGUAAACUUCAUUAAAAUGAUCCAUGGGACUAUUAAAAACCAGUUGCAGUGUUUUUCAAAAUCUCUGAUGGCAUAUGUUGCAGAAAUUUAUUUUAGGGCUUGGAAGAAGGCUUCAGGAGAGAUCUUAGAGAUUCUUGAGCAUAAUUGCAUUCAGGAUUUCAUGCAUCAUGGAAUCCAUCUUCCUAGGAGUUCUCCAGUGCAUCCUAAAGUGAGAGAGUUACUGAGUUACUUUCACAAACAAAGUAAAGUUCGUCAGGGAGUUGAAGAAAUGCUGUACAGACUGUAUCAACCUAUCCUUUGGAGAGCAUUAAAGGCCAGAAACUCAGAAGUUCGAUCAAAUGCAGCAUUAUUGUUUGUUGAAGCAUUUCCUAUUCGUGAUCCCCAUUUUAAUAAUGAGGAUAUGGAUAAUGAAAUUCAGAAACAGUUUGAAGAACUUUUCAGUCUUUUAGAAGAUCCUCAACCCUUGGUCCGCUCUACAGGGGUACUUGGUGUUAGUAAAAUAACAUCCAAAUACUGGGACAUGAUUCCUGCAACCAUCCUUGCUGAGCUUUUAAAAAAACUAAUUGGAGAUCUGGCUUUUGAUGUAACUUCAGCUGAUGUUCGUUGUUCUGUUUUUAAGUGUCUGCCUAUAAUUUUGGACAACAAACUAAGCCACCCAUUAUUGGAACAGCUCCUGCCAACAGUAAAAUACAGUCUCCAUGACAAUUCUGAGAAAGUGCGAGUGGCGUUUGUCGAUAUGCUGCUGAAAAUUAAGGCUGUCAGGGCUGCUAAGUUCUGGAAAAUUUGUCCCAUGGAGCAUCUUCUCUCUCGCCUUGAAGUUGAUUCACGUCCUGUGUCACGCCGCUUGGUAAAUCUCCUAUUCAACUCUUUCUUGCCUGUUAAUCAACCUGAGGAGGUAUGGUGUGAACGCUGUGUUACGCUAAUCCAGAUGAAUCCAGCAGCAGCCAGAAAAUUCUAUCGGUAUGCUUAUGAGUAUACUGCUCCCACCAACAUAGCUAAAUUCAUGCUCACUAUUCGGCGCUGCUUGAAUGCCUGCAUCCAGAGAGCAAUAAAAGAAAAUCAAGAUGAUGAUGAAGAAAGUGAAAAGGAGAAUAUAAGUAUGCUAAAUAAUGUGUUGUCAAUAAACGAUGUGGCUUCCAUGGCAAGUUUACUGGAGAUUACUGUCAUUCUCUGGAGAAGUAUUCACAAAGCACUUGAUCACAAUGAAGAAGCCAAAGGUUACACAAUCAGAAAGUUUGCCUCUGUACUACCAGAAUAUUUUAAAGUUUUUAAGGAUGAUCGUUGCAUGAUUCCAUUAGUUAUUCUGGCAUCUUUCAUGCCAGCUUCUGCUAUUCCUACAUUCAGCUGUGGUGUGAUCUCUAAAUUGAGGAAUCUUGAGAAGGGAGCUGAUGAAAAUAAAUACUCCACCCUGAUAGACUGCUUGUGUUGCUGGGGACAAGUGGGACACAUUAUGGAGUUAAUCUGUGAUUGGAUGUCUGAUGAGAUGACACCAAGAAAGAGCAAUACAGCAUCUGAGCGGCGAGUACGUAUCCAAGUAACAUACCAGUCAAAACCAGAAUUAGCACUCGAUUAUCUAGAAUAUUUAUUGACUCAUUCCAUGAAUCGGGAUUGCCUGCUAUCUGUCCCCAAAAAGAAAUUGAACCAGCUUUUAAAAGUACUUGGAGCUGCAAAGGAGAUUCUUGGCUCGAUUAUGAAAGCAACAGGUGCAGGAUCUCAUAGCUUCAAUCAAGCAACUGUCAUAAGAGCCUUCACCCUCUACUGCAGAUUAAGCAUUCAUCUUCAGCACAAGUUUUCUUCUGAAGGAAAAGUUUACCUUUCACAUCUGAAGGAGACAGGUGCUUGGAUAGAAAGUCAUGUUCUACCUUUAAUGCAUGAACAGGAGGAGAAUGUUCUAGAGCAGCACAUUGAAGUUUCUCAGCUAAUCAUCCAGGCAUAUCUGACAGUGUGUAAGGAUGCUAUAAUGGUUGGCCUUGGAGAUACAGAGUUUCAAGCACACCUUUUAGAUGUUACUCUUUCAAUUAUGCAAACAGAAAGAGGCUGCUUUUGUAUUCCGACAUUACUUUGUGUUCUAAAAGAGAUUAUUGAAGCUUCUUUGACUCAAAACAUUGAUACGGAUGAAGAAUUGGCAACAUUUCUCCAUGCUGUUCAGGCUCUGUUCCAGAAAAUUUUAGAAAGUGUGGCACGCAGACUCAGAAAACAGCGGGAAGAAGGGCUUCAGUUGAUUCAUUCUAUUCAAAUGCCUCUUGGAGAAUUUAUACACACAGUCCAGUGCUGGUGUUCAUCUUGUCCAACAGUUCACCAUGGUGUACUCUCUACUCUCCUAGCUGCAGUAGUGGUCGAGAUAAGUCACACACUGCGAAAGGCUUCAAAUGCAGAAGAACUUGCACCACCAGAGUCCAUUGCAGACCUUCCUCCGCUUUCAGGCAGUUUAAUGGCAAUGAUAAUUAAGUCAAUAAAUGUGGUCAGGUCAUUUUUAAAUGAAUUAAUGGAAUGCAUUGUCUGUGAAGAAAUUGAAGGAAUUAUUAGUCUUACAGCUGCUGCGUACAUAGUUGUUAUAAUCAAAGGUAAGCACAAAGCUUCACUUGUUAAGGAUAUUGCACAUGCCCUUCAAAAGAAGCUGAUGACAUGCAGAGAAGUUGACGUGGAAGAAUCUAGCAGCAUUGAAAGAACCCUAUAUGAAUCAUCUGUGAAAAUUUUGGAGGACAUCUUGAAUCCUUGACUGUACCGCUGCCUUCAAGUCAUGAAAAGUAGAAAGAAGAAAGAUGUAUUGUUUUUUAUAAAGCCAAGCAAUAUGUUACCUUAAACAUAUUUAAUAUAACAGUGAAUUGUUGGAAUGCUUGUAUUAUGCUAGCUUAUACUUUGUACGUACGUACAUACAUUGAAAGUCUUAGCAAGAAAAUGACUUUUAAAAACAAAUCAGUUUUAUAUUCCUUUCAUAUUUAAAACAAUUGUGCAGAAACUUUUUUUAAAGUAUGCAGAAAUAUUUUGUAUAUACAUAGAUAAUGUAUUAUUAAAGAUUUUGGAACGGCUAUGAGGAGGGGCUUGUAGGUAUAUUCCAAGUAUUUCGUGUGAAAUAAAAUCAGUACCUUUUUAUAUAUUUUUAAAAAGAGAAUUAAUAAAAUGACUGAACUAUC